CUAUCAUUUGAAGGCGGGACAACAUGGCGGACUCUAACUGCCAGGAAGCUCGUUUUUAUCCUAAAUCUAUGCCAUUUACUUCUACAUAACUACAGUAAUGGCAUUUUUUUUAGCUCUGACGUGAACCUCAUUGUUAAAUAUAUGAGCGCCCCUUUUAAAAUCUUAGUUUGAAGUUUUUGUGCAGCCCAACUUUAGCAGUCUGAAGUUAGGGUGAAUGGGCGACCACAACAACCCCAACAACGUGGCUUCCGUUUAGAAAGGACGCAAGCUGUGAUGAAAAGGUGGAACUGGAGAGAAAGAGAAGGUCGGGGCCCGCGAAGAGGACAAGGAGCCAGUCGGAACCGUGGACGGUACCAAGGAAAGCGGCCAAGACCUUCAUGGGACGACCGAUGGAAUGGGUGUGGUGAUGGAGGUCGAUCUUUCAGAAGCACUCAGACUAGAUCUGACGACCAAUCUAGCUCGUCUUCCUCGUCAAGCAGCAGUGCAGCACCUGAACUACCAGGUUUCUACUUUGACCCGGAGAAGAACCGAUACUUCCGCUUGUUGCCGGGACACAACAACUGCAACCCUUUGACCCGCGAGCAUCUCCAGGAGAAGGAGCGAGAGAAGGAGAGAAACAGGAUGCUGGUGGAGGAUGCCAAGAGCAGAAAAAAAGCCCCCAGAGCAGGACUGAACACGUUGUUGCUGCUGCAGGAACAACGUCUUGGCCUUCUAUCUGACAUGUCCUACUGCAGGCGGGUCCAUGAGGGGAAGAUAAGCGCCAUGAGACGCCACAGACUGCAGACGCAGACCUCGGACAACUUCCGGCACAUCAUGGCAGACUCUGCCUGCAAGCAAGUGUUGACAGUCAACGACAUGUCUCACGGCGGCUGCAGCUACGGCUUUCUGAGCUUCAGCAGCAGCAGACGUGGGUCUUUGAGGGUGGAAACGUGUGACAACCUUUAUGUGACCAAUCAAAAGGUGAAUUGCCUCUGCUGGGCCUCUGUCAACUACCCAAACUCUCACGUGUUGCUGUGUCUGGUGGGGGCGGCGGACACACCCGGCUGUGUUACUUUACUCCCGGCUUCACUCUUCAGCAACUUCAGCCCAGCAGAUCAACCAGGGAUGCUGUGCAGCUUUAAGAUGUCUACAGCCUGGUCUUGUGCUUGGUGUUUACAUCCGCAGUUUGACAAGAUGUUCAGUGCAGGUCUGUCUCAUAAGGUGAUCGUGCAACAUGCCGUCACGGGACAAAAACAAACACUCAGCGUUGGAAGCGACGUCCUGGCUCAGCAAUUUUGUGCUCAAACUCCCGUGCUGUUUAACGGCUGCCGAUCAGGCGAGAUUUUCGGGACAGACCUGCGACAGCUUGGCGGACGCAACGACCACAGAGACGCAAAGACCACCAGCUUCCAGCAGGAGUCGGCUAUCACGUGUGUGCGUGUGUUGCAGGAUGAGAACUACCUGGUGGCUGCAGACAUGUCGGGCCAGAUCAAGUUGUGGGACGUUCGAGUCACAAAGCCAGUGCAGGAGUACAGGGGCCACUACAACGAGCACACCCGCCUUCCCGUCCACAUCAGCGAGCCAGAGGGGCUUCUUUUGGCAGUGGGCCAAGACUGCCACACCAGGUUGUGGAGCCUGAGGGAUGGCCAGCUGCUGAGGACAAUCCCAUCGCCCCACCCGGCUGCGAACGACGGCAUCCCCAGCGUCGUCUACUCUUCCAACAUCGGCGGUCGCAGGGGGCUCCCCGGCCUGCUGAUGGCCGUCAAGCAGGACGUCUUCUACUUUUCUUACAGUGCAGACUAUCAUGAAAGUGGAGAGAUGCUGGACAUUUAGAAGACAGGACACUUCAUUAGGUACACUAGCUUUAUAGAAAAAAAAAAUGCAACGUUUUGAUAAUUCCAUCUUCAUAUUGUGGUUCAUACUGAAAGCUAAUCCUAGCUACAUCUCUAUCUACUUGAAAGUGUUAAUAAAAAACAUAAGAGUU